CUCAGUGUUUAGGUAGCAUGUCUGGACGUGGUAAAGGCGGAAAGGGCCUUGGAAAGGGGGGCGCUAAGCGUCACCGCAAGGUUUUGCGCGACAAUAUCCAGGGCAUCACAAAGCCGGCCAUUCGCCGCCUGGCCCGCCGUGGAGGAGUCAAGCGCAUCUCUGGCCUUAUCUACGAGGAGACCCGCGGGGUGCUGAAGGUGUUUCUGGAGAACGUGAUCCGGGACGCGGUCACCUACACCGAGCACGCCAAGCGCAAGACUGUCACCGCAAUGGACGUGGUCUACGCGCUCAAGCGUCAGGGCCGCACUCUCUACGGAUUUGGUGGUUAAGUUUGCGCUUUGUGAGGCUCUUGUAGUAAAGCUAAAGGCCCUUUUCAGGGCCACCUACUUUGUCUAUGAAAGAGCUUGCAUUUGGGUGUUCUGUAGGUUAGCCUGAUACAGUACAGAUGGUAAAUUACACAUAAAUAAUACUUUUGGCCUUUGGUGUUUGUAUUACUACUUUAAUUCCUACUGUAUUUUCUAGUUAUUGUUCACCUGGGACCAAUAGGUGUCUAGUGACUGAAUAAUGGUCCUCCAGCUGGUAAGUGAAGGUUCAUGGGUUCUUUAAGUAGAAAAAAUUGGGGGCUCUUUCAAACACCGUUAGAUGGUAGCUGUUAUGUUAUUUCUGUAAUAAAUUACACUGAUGAAAAUAACAGUAAAGGAAUUUUAGGGUAGGUAAUGGUAGAAAAAGAAGGGUUAAUUUCACAAUGCAGAUUGCUCUACUUAAAGUAUAUCUCUGUCAUAAUGCUAUUUUUCUCUGGUACAUUGGAGUUUGAUUCUGUGCGUUUAGGACAAAAAUGAAAGGUGCCUUUUUGCACCUGUUUUUCAAGUCCUUUUAGCUCAAAUAAGUCAUGCCAAAAUGGCAAUUUUAUGGUGGCAGUUUCACCUUCAAGUGCACCACACAACUCUCUCAGAGGUCAUUUUAGUUUUAGAAUUUUGAAUCAAUGUUGCAAAAGGCACAGGGAAAGAGAUGGGGUUGCACAGCAUCCUCAGGAUAAGACAAAUAGGUGGGAGGUCCUGCUAGAUGAAUCUUGUCCUAGCACAAUGUUCAUACAUCUUUUGCUCUCUGCCUCAUUAGCCUUCCUGUGUGAUGAUGGGCUUCUGAGGAUCAGAGU